AUGCCUAUUUUCAGCUACCUCUGCUCGUGGGUGAAGCCACGCCAGAGUCGUAGUGAUGAAACAUCAACUUCCUUCUCCUUUGGCAAGAAGAAAAGAAUCAAGUCAGGCCUCAGCAAAACAGACGACCCAGAUCACCAAAGGUCAACCAUGAUUCGUAAAUCAUUGCAAAGUCGGGCAUCCUCUAGAACGACCGCCCGACCCGAAGAUAACAACAACUACGAAACUGAGGAAGAAGACAGCAGCACAAGUCUAAGGACAGACUGGAAGGCUUAUGAAGCUGAUAUUCAACGAAACAAGUCGACCCUAAUGAGAAGCCAUCCUGGAGUUGACCGCACCAGGAUACAGACUCGCGCAGGCUCUUCAUCAUCUCGACCUCUACCACAGUCUUUUGGGUCCAGCUCUACGAACCCCUACUCUCCUACUUCACCAACAAUAGCAUGA